GGAUGGCUGGCCCGAGUCCAGCAAAAGCCACCGCAUGAAUCUUGCCCGCCAUCUAAAGCCCGCCAUGCCCGUCCGUGUCGAGACAGCUACGGUUCGACCACAUCCAUCUUGACACUGCUGUUGCUUGGUCGUGCCUCCCCCUCACGCUCGCUGCUCCUGGAGUCUGGGGUAUAGAUACGCGCCGUUCGUUGCCCAUGCUGUGCACACAUCAGGCCUUGUAGUUGCAUCGGGACCGUCAUACAACCUGCUCUUUCUGUCCGCGGGCCGGACCUUGGGAAAAAAGAUACACCACCACACUCGCUCGACUCACCUCAUCCUCGCCGCCAUGGGCAAGCUAAUCAAGAACCACUGGGCACGCCUAAUCAUCCUCACGGCCUCGGCUUACCAGGUCCUCGCCGCCAUUGAGGGCUUCUUCUGGCCCAAGAUCUUUUGGGACUUCAUGACGCGCAACCUCGACGGCGCCGUCAAGCCCGUUCCUAUCCUACAAAUACUCAACCUCGUCCUCGGCCUCAUCGGCCUCGCAUACGAGUGGCCUUUGAAGUUCAUCGCCGGGUCGGGGCUGCACCGAUCGAUAGAGGCGCGUUUGAUAAUAUAUCCUUUGAGCGCGUUGUUGGCAGUGUUGCUCUACCAGGGCACCAACGCCGCGUUGUAUUACAUCAUCGGCAUGGUCGUAUAUUUUUGGGCGUAUAGUGAAGGAGAGGUCGUUUGCGAGAAGCCCUGGACGCUGCCGAAGAGGAAUAGAGCCUUGGCCAAAGUUUGAGAUACCCUUUAUUUUUUGUUUCUUUGCUUGAUCUAUUUUGAUCUGUUUUUCCCAUAUACCAUGGACGAUGUUUUGCAUGAGCGAAUAGGAUAUGGCUGGCGGGCAUAGCGAGGCGUUAGGAAUACUGUUCUGCAUGAUGCGGGGCUGGAUCGGUGCACCAGUUUACUGGAGGACUUUCAAAUCCAUUGAACUGCACCAAUAUCAAAAAACAUACCUCUUUCCCUUGAUCUCCGCUGCUUUGCCUUCUCCGUCAAGCUUCAAGUCUCAUCGUCUCGCAGCUUCACCGACAGGAAGGGCAUCGCUUUCUUAUAUCGACGUCCGUCAAAUGCGGGGCCGUAUGUAACCAGUAACACCAUUCCACGAGAACAGCCGCAGUCAGCCUUGCCACACUACAAUCUCACUGCAUCCCCAAG